AUGGCAAAAUCACGCACCAAAACACAUAAUCAGGAGACGAAGAGCAAGAAAAGAAAGGUCUCUUUCAUAGAGCAAGAGAAUGACGAGGACUCGACGGUAUACGAUGCCGAAGUGGAGAAAGAGACCACGCCGGCAAGCCCAGCACAUGCUCCCAAGCGUGCGCGUCAAAGUACUGGCGAUUUGGAUACUUCGAAGCCGUCUGCAAUUUUCAAGCCGAAGCGAGGGCGGCAGUGGACGCUGAGCAUUGCUCUGCCGGGAAGCUUCAUUGCCAACACAAAAGCCAUUGACCAGAAGAAUGAGCUCGCAGGCCGAAUUGCCCGUGCAGCUGCCGUGUUCUGUGUCGACGAAGUCAUCAUCUUCGACGAUGCGCCCGACAAAAUCCCUCCCCAGCUCGCCCACAUGCAAGGAAAAGGGAAAAACGCAAAGAGCAAAGCGCAGAUAUUGAGCGAAUUAGCAGAAGACCAAGAGCCCUGGGACAACCCGGACCAAUUUCUCUACCAUAUCCUCACUUACCUUGAAACCCCCGGCCAUCUGCGAAGGGUCUUGUUUCAAGGGCAUCAUCCGAACCUGAAGGGGGUGGGUAAGUUACCGACGCUGGAUAUGCCUCAUCAUAUGAGGCAAGACGAGUGGCUUCAGUACCGGGAAGGCGCGGCUUUCGCACCGCCGGAACGAAAUAGACGAAAAUCUGGAGGGGCCGAGCCCGAGGAGACGCUCAUUGACUGUGGGUUCAAAUAUCCUGUCAAAGUACCCUGUGCAAUACCGGCAGGGAGCAGAGUGACGCUUAAGUUUGCGGAUGCGGAAGCGCCAAAGGGCUGGCCGCACUUGACGGAAGUGCAAACCGCGGAACUGGAAGUAGAGCCGACGUCACCGACCGCGCCUCGUGAGGAAGCUGGAUACUAUUGGGGAUUCAGCGUACGGAAAGCAGAUUCCUUGUCCGCGGUAUACCAGGAGGCACCCUUCGCAGACGGGUACGAUUGCACCAUAGGGACGAGUGAGCGAGGGGUCCCGCUAUCCUCCAUCAUGCCCGGCGCGCCCUCUCUCCCGGAAAAGUCCGAGUCGACUGGAGAAUUCGAUAAACUACCGGAUAAGUUCAACCAUCUCUUACUUGUCUUCGGCGGCGUUACUGGCUUGGAGACAGCGGUCGCAUCCGAUCCCAUAUUGAGCAAGAAGGGUCUGAGGAAGGAGAACGCGCAUGAAGCGUUUGAUCUCUGGGUGAACCUCGUUCCAGGUCAAGGAAGCAGGACGAUUAGGACGGAAGAGGCUGUUUGGUUAGGUUUGAUGGGGACGAGGGAGUACGUCAAUUCCAUGUCUUGA